AUGUGGCGGCGACAGAGCGCACGCUGCCUCCUCGUCUUCUCGCUGCUCUGCCUCCGCGCCGUCGUCUUCCGCACGCAGGAGCCGGGGCACGGGCAGCUGCAGCCGCUGCCGGCGCUGGAGGUGGAGACCUACAACUACACGUCGUUCCAGGAGGGCAACUCGCGGGAGCAAAAGGAGCUGGCGUUCAGCAGGGAGGCCCGCACCUACCAGGGCGCGAUCCAGGUCUCCCCGGACACCGGCAACGUCGGCAGCUACCAGGACAUCAUGGUCAACAAGUCCGGCUCCGUGCUCCUCCAGCGCCGCUUCACCAUGUGGCGCCGCGUCGACAAUGGCAGUGGCAGUGCCACGGCCCCGCGCGUCCAGGUCGUGUCGUUCAACAGCACCUUCUCCAUCAACGUGUUCCACCUCCUGGACUCGUCGCUGCGGCCCGGCGAGGGGCUCACCUUCGUCGUCGCGCCGUCCCGCGACGAGCCGCCCCCCGGCAGCUACGGCGGCUACCUCGGCCUCACCAACGCCACGCUCGAGGCCAACCCAACCCCGACGAGGAACCGCUUCGUGGCCGUCGAGUUCGACACCACGAACAGCAACCCCACCAACUACACGGCCUGGGUCGAGUACGACGGCGCGGCGCGGCACGUGUCCGUGUACAUGGGCGUCCAGGGUGAGGCGAAGCCGGCGUCCCCGGUGCUGGACUCGCCGCUGGACCUCAGCGAGCACGUCCCGGAGAAGGCGUACAUCGGCUUCACCGCGUCCACCGGCACCGACUUCGAGCUCAACUGCAUCCUUGACUGGACGCUGUCGAUCGAGGUCAUCCCGGAGAAGAAGAGCACGACGUGGGUCGUCAUCGUCGUCGUCGUCGUGCCAGUGACCGUCGUCGCGGUCGGCGUCGCCGCCUUCUUCCUCGCCAGGAAGCUGCGCGCGAGGCGGUCCAUGGAGAGGCGGCAGGAGCGGCUGGAGCAGCAGCUCAGCAACCUCCCCGGGAUGCCCAGGGGGUUCGCGUACGACAGAGUAGGUUAUAGUUGUUAG